AUGGGAGCCUCUGACUCAAGACACAAUUUCCAGCAUGGGCAUUUAUAUGUCUAGCUCUAUAAAACCACAUACAAUGCUGGAGAAACAAUGCAAGGCGUUGUCCAUCUCUCCCUCUCUCAGCAAUUCCCAACUAAAGUGCUAUAAUUGGAAUUCUCAGGCUAUGAGAAGACAUUCUGGAUUACAAAGGAAAGACAAGGCAGAUCUACUGUCAAGAAAAAGCACAAUGGAUUAAAGAAAUUAUUUUCAACUAGAACCAACAUGUUUGCAUUCCCUCAAGGCACCGCUCAGCCAGGCCAAUACUCUUUCCCUUUUGUCUUUCAGAUUCCUCUAGGAUGCCCAUCAACAUUUGUAUUCUUCGGCGAGCAUAAGUCUAAGAUGGCAGUAUCAUAUAAAGUGAGAGCAAUCAUGGAGGAAAGAUGCGAUGGUACCAAAGCGUAAUUUAAGCCACUAAUGUACAAGCAAAAAUUCAUAGUCAGAAAGAUACCAGACGUUCUUCAUCCUAACAAGAAAAUUAAGUUAGAAAAAAAUAUUAGCACCUUCCUUUUUGUUAAGCAAGGUAAUUCAAAGGCAGAGGUGACAUUUGAAAAAGAUGUAUUUGUUUCUGGCGAAACUGCAAGAGUAACUUGUGAUGUUGAUAAUACUGCCUGUGAAAAAGAUAUUGAAAAGGUUAAGGUCAAGUUGAGAAGAAUUCUAAACUUUAAGGACUAAAAAAAUAAAACCUUCAGCAGUAACAAUUUCCUCUCUAUAGCUAAAUACCCUGGAGUUAAAGCUGGAGAAAAGAAGCUUUUAAAUCUAGAACUCAGAAUAACAUAAAACUUUGAAGAAAUCAAGAACUAUGGUCAAUUGUAUGUUCACAAAAGAAAGAAGGCAUUGACAAGAGAAGAUAAUAACAUCAUUAACUAUGUUUUGCCUACCACAAUGGGUGAGUUCGUCAAAUGCUCCUAUCAACUGGAAGUUAGCUUUACACAUAAAGGUGCCACUCUAGGAAGCAAGAUUCCUUCAGCUAAACUACAAGUUUUAAUUAACGCCCCUUACUUUGAAUUGCAUUCUGCCCCCAUUCCAGCACCUUAAAAUUGGAAUCCAUAGGUGUAUCAGCCAAAUCUUAUGCAAGGUGGAGAUUUUUCAGUUGGUAUGCCAGUUCAAUAAUAAAUCCCUAUGGGAUACGGAGCACCUAUCAUGGAUCAUUAGCCAGAAGCAUUCAUAUAAAACGGUCACAUGUCAGCCAGAAAUCCAAUAACCAGUGGAUAAAUGUAGAUGUCAAAUGGAUUUGAGGAGCAGAAGAGAUCUCAGGAUGAUGAGAAAAUUCAAGCCAAGUAGGCAUUCGAAUAACAUUAAAAUUAAAUCUAAAAGCAGGAGCACCAACCAUAGCCAUUGUAAAAACAGAACAGUGAUAACUAGGCCUAUGGCUUUAACCCACAAGAUUAUUCUUGA